UCUGCGGCUGGCGUGAUGAGCGCGGAGGUGACGCAGCACAAACUCGUUCUGGCUCGGUGGGUGGUCGUUUUUUUUUGAAUAAUUAAGUUUGGUUCUGCGCGUCGCUCGCGCCCGCGUUGAGGAGAGGCGGCGGCUCGAGCAAGGGCCUGGGAUGGUGAUCGGGCGAAGAUGGUGUUCGAGUCUUUAGUGGUCGAGGUUUUGAAUCGUUUCCUGGGAGAUUACGUUGUGAACUUGGACUCCUCGCAGUUGCAGUUAGGAAUCUGGGGAGGUGACGUGGUACUCAAUAAUCUGGAAGUAAAAGAAAAUGCAUUCUGCGAGCUGCAAGUUCCAUUCCAAGUUAAAGCUGGGCAUAUUAGUAAACUUGAACUGAAGAUACCAUGGAAGAACCUGUACACACAAGCAGUAGAUGCUACAUUAGAUGGAGUCUAUUUGUUGGUUGUUCCAUGUGCCAGUAUUGAAUAUGAUGCCGAAAAAGAAGAAUUACAGCUUCAGGAAGUCAAACAGAGGGAAUUGCAAAGAAUUGAGGAAGCUAAGCAAAAGGUUGCUGACAAAGAAAAUCCUAAAGAAGAAAAGCAAGACACAUUCAUAGAAAAGUUAAUUACUCAGGUUAUUAAGAAUUUGCAGGUGAAAAUUACCAACAUCCAUAUCCGUUAUGAAGAUGACAUCACAAAUCACAAUUUUCCAUUGUCAUUUGGAAUUUCACUUCAGAAUUUAAGUCUUGAGACAACAGAUGAAAAAUGGAAUCCAUGUUUACAUGAUCAAUGUGAGCACGUCUUUAAUAAGCUUGUCCGAUUAGACUACCUCUGUGCAUAUUGGAAUGUCAACACCAAAAUGUAUUCUUAUACCAGUCAGACUGAGGCCUUGGAACUCUUGAAGGGUGGAGUUUCAACAAGUAACUUCAUUCCAGGGGAAUAUCAGUUCAUUUUUCAGCCAAUAUCUGCAAAAGCCAGACUUGAAAUGAAUCCCCGAGCAGAAGUUGACUUUGUGACACCAAAGGUAAACUUGGAAGUAAAUCUUCAAGAUAUAACCAUUGAACUCAAGAGACCUCAGUAUCUUAGCAUCAUGGAGCUGCUUGGAUCUAUUGAUAUGAUGACACGAAACCUACCGUACAGAAAAUACAAACCAAAUGUCCCUUGUCUCAAUAAUCCCAGCGCAUGGUGGGCAUAUGCUAUAAAUAGCAUAUUGAAAGAGAACAUAAAGCCUCGACUUGAAGGGUGGUCAUGGAAGCACAUUCAAAUGCACAGGCAAAAAAUCAAAAACUACAGAAAGCUCUAUAAAUCAAGAAUUACAUCCAAGAAACCAGAUGAAGAACUUAUCAGCACACUUGAGGAACUUGAAAGGGAGCUUGAUUUGUUCAAUAUUACACUCGCAAGACAACAGGCAGAAGUGGAGGCAAUGAAAGCAGGGUAUAAGAUUUACAGACCUGGUGCAAAGGUUGAGGAAGAUAACUCUGGAGGAUGGUUUGCUUGGGCUUGGAGCUGGGCAGGAGGCAAAGAAGAGAAACCACGUGAUUCAAAAUCUGGAAUUGAUUUAUUGAUGACACCUGAAGAGAAGUCUAAACUCUAUACAGCAAUUGGAUACAGCGAAGCUGCAGUGGAUCCUACGAUGCCAAAAAGAUAUGAAGCAGUGAAACUUUCUGUGAAGCUAGUGAGUAUGUCCAUUUCCAUCAAAGAAGAGCAGGACAAGCCAGAGAUCAUGAAAUUUUCUGUGAUUGACUUAAGUACAAAGGUAACCCAGAGGCCAGGAGCACAAGCAAUAAAAUUUGAAGCAAUAAUAAGUACACUCGAAGUGACAGGACUGCCUCGGGAAAUGCGCAGACCAUUACUACUUUCUUCAAGAAAUGUUAUGACUGAAAAUGAAGAUAUUCUGCUCCAGAUCAUGUUUGAAACAAAUCCAUUGGAUGAAAGAGCUGAUCAGCGCCUGAGGGUGGAGUCACGUCCUCUCGAAAUUGUAUAUGAUGCAAGAACUGUGAACAGUUUGGUGGAUUUUUUUCGACCACCCAGUGAUGUGCAGCUGGAGGAGCUAACGUCAGCUACUUUGAUGAAGCUUGAGGAAUUCCGUGAUAAAACUGCGACGGGUUUGAUGUACAUUAUUGAGACACAGAAGGUCCUGGACUUGAAAAUAAACUUCAUGGCUUCUUAUAUUAUUGUUCCACAGAAUGGUUUUCUUGAUAAAUCUGCCAGUUUACUAGUUCUUGAUCUUGGUAAUUUAAGGAUGAUCAGUAAAAGUCGUGCAAAUCUGCCACAAAUCACGGCUGGGGAAAGCACCUUGGAGGAUAUCAUGGCCAGAGCCUAUGACUGUUUUGAUGUACGGCUGAGUAGUGUUCAACUACUCUAUGCUGAGCCAAAAGAGGACUGGAAAGCUGCUCGCAAAACAAAACAAUCCUCUCAGCACAUCUUGCAGCCCAUGGAUUUAAAACUUGAAUUUUGUAGAGCAAUGGUGGUCUCUGAUGCAAGAAUGCCAAAAUUUAAAGUUUAUGGUGGGCUUGCGUUACUUUCUGUUCGCAUCUCAGACCAAAAACUUAGAGGAGUUUUAGGGUUGAUUGAUAGCAUUCCUACACCAGAAAGUCGUUCGCUACCGCCACAGACAACUUCAAAAUCCAGACAGAAACUAUCGCCUGAUAUGACACCACAAUCUGUGCAAAAAAGAGCACUGCAUAAGGAUCUCUACUCUUCUGUUCUCAGUAUGACAGAUUCCGAUGAUGAAUUCUAUGAUGCUCUAAGCUCUCCAAUGGAUAAUAUACCAAUAGACUUACCAAGAGAGAAUUCAUUGAAAAGAUCAGAAUCAUUACGCCAGAAACAGUUGAAAAAGCAAGAAUCUAUGAAAAAUAUGACUGAAUUCCAAAUGGAGUUUGAAAUAACAAAGAUGCUACUUGGAAUUUUUCGUCAUGUAGAAGGUACUGAAAAUCUUGUAUUGGAGUUGGAAAUAUUAGGACUUGGUACAGAGCUGAAAUUGAGAACAUACGAUAUGACUUCGCAUACAUAUCUAAAAGAAGUCAGCUUAAAAUGUCCAGAACAAACAGAUGCUGACAAUAAACCCAUUUAUAUUAUCACCACACUGGAUAACAAUGAAGAUGAUCUCCUUACAAUAGAAUAUAUUAAGGCUGACCGAAAUGGACCAGAGUUCGCAACCAGCUACAACAAUACGGAGCAACUCAUCAAGGCAAACAUUUCUUCUCUGGAUGUCCAUUUACACACUGAAACUCUGCUGAAUUCCAUUCAUUUCCUGAAGAGUCUUAUCCCACAUUCUGAAAGCAAGGCCAGUUUAGAUGAACAAGUCCCUGCCAUUGAGGAGAAGAAAGAGGUCUUUGCAAAGAAAAAAUCAUCUUCUAAAAAAUCGAGUAUGGAUGAUCUGAUCAACAUUCAUAGUUAUGCAGAAUUGGCACUUCUGAAAAUUUUCAUCAGUGAUCAAAACAAAAGAAUUGCAGAAGUAAGCAUUGAAGGUCUUGAUGCUGUGGUGGUUUUGAGGAAGACAUCUACUGAAGUAACCACAAAACUGAAGAAUAUUGUAGUUUUGGAUGCUGAAGAAGAUGCAGCCUACAAGGAGGUUGUAUCCCUUACUGGAAAAGAGGUUUUCAGCUUUAAAAUGACAACUUAUGUGGAUGCUACAGAAGGUGCUGCCUAUACUGAUCUGAAUGUUGUUGAUAGUUCUAUUAGAUUGACUGUUGGCUGUAUUCAAGUCAUCUUUGUGAAAAAAUUUGUAUCUUCAUUAUUGGCUUUCAUAAAUACUUUCCAAACUGCCAGAGAAGCUGUGACUGAGGCAACUGCCCAAGCAGCUUCUGGAGUGAAGGAUCUUGCAGAACGGAGCACCAGAAUGUCGCUGGAUAUUCAAAUCAAUGCACCUGUAGUUGUUGUUCCUCAAUCUCCUACUUCUGAAAAUGUUGUUGUUGCAGAUUUUGGUGUUAUCAUUAUACAGAACAAUUUCUCAAUGAUUAAACAAAAAGAUUACAAUAAUGUGCCACCGGUUAUUGAUUCCAUGAAAAUCUGGCUACGUGAGCUGAAAUUGUACAGGUCAAUAUUUGUGGAUGGGACUUUUCUCUCUGAAAUUUUAUUGCUUCAGCCUGUUAAUCUGGAAGUUGUUGUUGAACGCAACUUGGCUGCAAUUUGGUACCAUGAAAUUCCAGAUAUUAAAAUUCUUGGAACCCUGAAACCUCUGCAUGUUGUACUCAGCCAAGAUGAUCUGAUAAUUAUACUGAAAACUCUCAAUGAAAAUUUGGGUGAUAAUUCAGUUGACUCUGACUCUGUGGCUGUACAAGAUGAUAUAAAGAGGGAUUAUUCAGGCAAUGAGAAAGCAAGUCCUUCACAAAAUUCUGCAGGAAGAACUGUCAUAACUGCUGCUGUUGUAGAAACACACAAACCUGUAAAACUUAAGACAACACUGAAGUUGGAUUUUAAUUUGGAUGAGCUGUCUUUAAUGCUCUACAGUCAACCCGUAAACCCGAUGAAUUUUGCAAAAGAGCAGAGAUCUGAGCAGGACAAACUAGCAGAGUUCAAAUUACACACAUUUUCCACUUCUGUCAAGAUGUUAUCUGAUGGCUCCAUGAAAGUUGAUGUGAAACUUAAUAACUGUAUGCUGGAUGACAAACGAAUGGCAAUAGAGAAAGCCACAUCAAGAAUGGUGGAAAUGAAACUAACAAAUGAGAAGAAUGCAAUGAUCGAUUUCAGUUACAAACAUGGAAGAGAUGGCAUGUUUCUAGAUGCAAUUGUACGUGAUAUCUAUGUUUGUGCAAGUAUGGAAUUUCUGCUCACAGUGGUUGACUUCUUUGUGCAAGCAAAUAAUCAAGUCUCUGCAGUCCAGAUGAACAAACCAACAGUAACACAGACUAAAGAAAAAGUGUCAUCACAAACUACAUCAAAAAUGGAAUUCAUUGUUCAUGUUCAGAAUCCAGAGAUAAUCUUUGUAGCAGAUUUGACAAGAGCAGACGCCCCAUCACUAGUGGUGACAGCUCAGUGUGAGGCUGAUAUUAAUAAUGAUUCAGAAAGUCAGAAGAUUACUGCAGCUGUUAAAGAUCUAAAAGUAGUGGUUUGCCCAUUUCUAAAAGAAAAAAGAAAAAAUCAAGUUACCACGGUCCUCCAACCUUGCAAUUUGUUCUUCCGAAGUGUACAACCUGCUUCUGGUCCCAUUGACGUGGAGUUGGCCAUGAAAUCGCUGAUGCUGAAAGUGUCACCUGUUAUUAUUAACACGGUGAUUACAAUUACGUCUGCCUUGCCUCCAGCUGCUGAUAAUCCACAAGAAAAGGGCAGUGAAAUUCCACCUGACUUGUGGAUUAAGAAGGAUGUGAAAAAUUUAAGACUCUGUUUUUUGGAACAUGAAAGUAAUAAUGAAAAUAAGGAUGGCCCAAAAAAACAAUUGGAUACAACAGGGGAGAGCCUAAGAAUGACAAUUGAAUAUGUUUGCCUGACUCUGGAAGCGGGUGUAGGACACAGAACUGUUCCAAUGCUCUUGGCAAAGUCAACUUUUAAAGGAGAUGUGGAAAACUGGAGCACACUCAUUAACCUUAAGUGUCAUCUUAAUUUAGAGGUGCAUUACUACAAUGAAGUACUUGCUGUAUGGGAACCACUACUUGAACCAUUAGAGAUAGAAAACAGUGAUGAAUUUAGACCUUGGGAGCUUGGGAUCAAGAUAAAGAAGAAGGCUAUCAAAGCAAGGAAUAAUGCAGAAAAUGAAGAGGAAAAUCUCCAUACUCCUGCAUUUAAAACAGUUAUUCAUGUCUCUUCAAAAGACCAACUCAAUAUUACCAUGUCAAAAUGUGGUUUAACCAUGCUCAAUAAUUUAGCUAUGGCAUUUGCUGAAGCUGCUGGUAAAACAAGUGACGUUUUUCAGAAAGACCAAGCACCUUUUGCAAUAAAGAAUUCCCUUGGACUUGAUGUUACAAUUUAUCCUAGUGAUUCAUUUGUUGUCAUCAAUAAAACAAGGCUAAAAAACAGUUAUGAACUUAAAAAUGGAGAAGUUCUUGAUAUGGAUUACCAACGGACAACAAAUGAACAGGAGCUUCUAUCAAACCUGACUAAUGCAAGCAGCAAAUUGUUUUAUAUUUCACUGACUCCUCAGGGCCACACUGCAGCUGACAAAAUUCCACUAAUUAAGUUAGGUCGCCGUCUGUACACCAUUACACAUGAGGAAUCAAUUGUUGAGCGAGCCAUUGUAUGUCAGAUUGAUGCUGUGCAAGGAAGCAAGAGAAUAACAAUUCGUUCUCCUGUUCAGAUAAAAAAUCACUUUUCGUUGCCUUUCAAUGUCUUUGAAGAUGUGGAAUCAGAUUUGAAAAUGCUGGGUACAAUUCAGCCAAAUGAAGAUUUUAAUGUGCCUCUGCUUUCUUACAGAUCAGAUCUCCGUUUACAAUUGAUAAUGAAGGACAAGGAACCGUAUGCUCCCUGUGAGACAAUCACUUUUGGUCAUGUAAAUACAAACAGCAAAGUUGUAUUUCAUCGCAAAUGCCAUUUUCCUGGGGCCAAUGAGCAGGACUCGAUGAUGAUCAAUAUAGUUGCAGUGCAUGACACACUGACAUCUGACAAUCCUGAUGAAAAUAAGAAUGCUUAUGUGCUCCAUUUGUGGCCUAUUGCAAUUCUUCAAAACCUUUUGCCUUGUACAGUUGGUGUAUGCUUAACAGAGGAAAGUGUAGAACGAACCUUGAAGCUCGAUGAAGGAAAUUCUGCCCAACUUCAUGAUGCUGUAUUAGACAAGUCUAAAUUGAUCCUCACUAUUGAUUAUUUGGACCAUAAUUGGACAGGAGAAUAUAGCAUCAAAAGCAACCAAACUGACAUUGAAUUAAUCAAAUUUAAAACACACAUUGAUGAUGAAGAGAGUGAAAUGGACAUCGCAAUCCUUGUGGCAAACAAUGUUGGACACACUUUGUUGACAUUGUAUAGCCCAUAUUGGAUGAUAAAUAAAACUGGGCGGCUGCUUCAGUAUAAAGCUGAUGAUGUUCACCGUAAACAUCCUUUGGACUACAAAAAGCCUUUGCUGUUUUCUUUUGGAUCCAAAUGCUUUUUCCAAAAGAACAAGGUUCAACUUAAAAUAACUGACAGCCAAUUGUCAGAUUCAUUUUCUCUGGACACUGUGGGCAGUCAUGGCUCUGUUAAAUGCAAAGGACCAAAAAAGGAGUAUCAGGUUGGAGUGAGAAUAGAUACCAGCAGCUUUAACCUAACAAGAAUUGUUACCUUCACACCAUUUCACAUGCUCAUCAAUCGAACAAGGUAAAUAGAAGUGACUGAAGAGUGUGAGGCAAAGUGGCAAAGUAUUGAUUCAAACCAGUGCAUCCCAUUCUGGCCUGCAGGGGUUCUGAAAAACUAGUAGUUCGAAUUGAAGGAUGCAGUACACAACAACAAAAGUUUUUACUUCAACAAACAAGAAAAUUGCCUUUUACUUCCUCUGGAUAAUAAGUAAAGUUUUGGAGGCAUCAUUGUGGAAGUACACUUAGCAGAACAUUCUACCUUGGUUACUUUUAAGGAUUACCAUGAAGGGGCUGCUCCAUUCCUCAUUAUUAACCACACAGGCACAAGCACAAUUGAAUAUCAUCAGAGCAAUUCAACUGGAAAGAUGUAUGAAUUGGAGCCAGGUAAAGCAUCUUAUUAUACCUGGGAAGAGCCAACAGGGUCAAGGCUGCUGAAGUGGGGUUGUCAAUGUGAGGAUAUAGAUGGAGAGCUAAACACAGUAAAGGAUGAAUUCAAUGAAUUUGCAAGUGAUAAAGGGGCUUUUUACGUAGCAUCCUUCUUCGAGGGUCUGCAGAGAAUCAUUCUGUUCACGGAUGAUGAGAGAACAUUUAGAUUGGCUCGAGAAAGUGAGAAAGCUGAAAUAGCGGAACAGGAAAUCAUCCUAUCCCUACAGAACUUAGGAAUUUCAUUGGUUAAUAAUUCAGCAAAACAGGAAGUGAUCUACAUUGGUAUAACAAGCUCUGAUAUUAUUUGGGAAAGUAAACCUAAGGUCAAAUUGCGCUGGAAACCAAUGAGUAGAAAGCAAACAGCUCAGUUGGAGAAAGUUUAUAAAGACUACAUGGAGACUUCACCUCAUGAAAGCUACAUUGCUGAUCUUCCCUGUGAUAUUAAGGCUCUUCUAACUCCCAGUGGCGUAGACAUGAAACUUGUACAACCUUCUGAAGUGCCAAUAAGGAGAAAUUAUCAGCCAGCUAUAAAAAUAGAAUACACCAUCUCAGCUCAUCAAAGGUCUCUCAGAAUCCAGAUUUUCAAGAUCCAGAUUCAAAACCAGCUUUCUGGAGCCAUCUUUCCUUUUCCAUUUUAUCCUACUACUCCUCCCAAGUCCAUCACCAUGGAUUCAGCACCAAAACCUUUUGCUGAUGUUAGUAUCAUCACAAGAUCUGCAGGGCAGUCUGAAAUAUCUCGUUUCAGGUAUUUUAUGGUCUUAAUUCAAGAAAUGGAUCUAAAGUUGGAUCUUGGUUUUCUUUAUGCCUUGAUGGAACUCUUCACCCAAUCAACAGAUACUGUUCUUGCUGAUCAAAAGCUGGAGCUAUUCAAAAAAGACCUCGAGUACAUUCAAACAGAGCUGUUGACUGAAUCUGCCACUGACACUUCACCUAUCAGUCUGAUGAAUAAUUUCCAUAUUUCUCCUAUCAAACUACAUCUGAGUUUUUCUAUCAGUUCUGGAGGCGAAGAAAGUAAUAAACAGCAAGAAACUGAAUUGGUCACAAUGCAGUCUCUGAAUCUUUUGUUAAAAAGCAUUGGAGCAACUCUCACUGAUGUACAAGAUGUUGUCUUCAAGCUUGCAUUUUUUGAAAUCAGCCAUCAGUUUUACACUACACAACAGCUUCAGUGGGAGGUCAUCCGACAUUAUUCUAAGCAGGCAAUUAAACAACUAUAUGUCCUUGUUCUUGGACUCGAUGUCUUGGGCAAUCCUUUUGGGUUAAUCAGAGAUUUAUCAGAAGGUGUAGGAGCAUUUUUCUAUGAACCUUAUCAGGGAGCAAUUCAAGGCCCUGAAGAAUUCAUGGAAGGAAUGGCCUUGGGUGUAAAGGCAUUAGUAGGAGGUGCUGUUGGUGGUAUUGCAGGUGCUGCAUCUAGGAUAACUGGUGCAAUGGCAAAAGGAGUAGCUGCUAUAACAAUGGAUGAAGAAUACCAGCAAAGACGUAGAGAGGCCAUGAAUAAGCAGCCAAGUGGAAUUAAAGAAGGAAUUACACGUGGAGGAAAAGGCUUGGUAUCGGGUUUUGUGAGUGGAAUCACUGGAAUAGUGACAAAGCCAAUCAAAGGUGCACAGAAGGAAGGUGCAGCUGGUUUUUUUAAAGGAAUUGGCAAAGGCCUGAUUGGAGCAGUGGCAAGACCAGCUGGAGGCAUUAUAGACCUGGCCAGCAGCACUUUUCAAGGGAUAAAAAGAGCAACAGAAUCAACAGAGGAAGUUGAGAGCCUUCGACCACCUCGAUUUAUUCAUGAAGAUGGAGUAAUUCGACCAUACAGGCUGAGAGAAGCGGUUGGCAUGCAGAUCCUUCAGAAAAUUGAAAAUGGGAGAUUUGCCAAAUUGAAGUACUUUUCCCAUAAAAUGAUAAAUGACUCUGACUUGUUUAUGAUCACAAAAAGUGGUGUUUUUUUUGUAACACAAGGAACAUUCGGCCAGUUGACUUGUGAAUGGCAGUACAGCUUUGAAGAAUUCACCAAGGAGCCUUUCAUCGUUGAUGGAAGGAGGUUGCGCAUUGAAGCCAAAGAACGGGUCAAGUCUGUCUUUCAUGCAAAAGAAUAUGGAAAAAUUGUAAAUUUCAGAUCUGAAGCUGAUGCAAAGUGGAUUCUGGAAAAACUGCAAGAAGUGAGAGAAAAUGGACCGCAUGAUCAGCAUCCAAAGACAUGAAUAAGUGUUGCAAAUUUCAUAACAAUUGUGUAUUAUCUAGAAUUUUAUUUACUAAUUGAACAGAACCUUGUAAACAGCAAUAUGGGGAUUUGUAAUCAUGUAUAUUUUAGUCCCUCCAUUGUUGUUCAGCAAAUUCUAAUGGGAAUUUAAAACCUUCAACUGUAUGAUAACUACUAUUGUAAUUUUUUUAUUUAGUUAAUAUUCAUCAGUUCUGGAUGCUAAAGCAUAAAUUAUUUUGGAUUCUUCCAAAGAGAAUUGAAGCAUUUUCAACUAAAUAACUUGCAGGCACCGACUGUAUUUGCCAUGGCUAAUAAAGCCUUUACUGAUAGAGUGUCACUUUAUAACAAAUGUGCCAACAUUUUCGUCAUAGUUGGGCUAUAUUCAGUGACUCAAUUUCAUAUUACAAAGUAACUAGAGGAAUCCAGAUAUUUGACACCUACUUUAAAAAUUAAACUGAACUUGCUUGUAAGGAAAAUAUGCAUUACCAUAUUUUGAAACAGUAAACAAGUAAAUUUCAAGAAUAUUUUUUUUUGCAAAGCUGGGAAGAAUUAGUAAAACAACUUAAUUAUUUAUCAAUUAAAUCACAAUGCCCUCUGAUUUCCAUUGCCUUUUAGUAGAUCUAUAUACAGAUCAUGCAUCAUAGAUUGGCACACAAUUACCUGAUGUAUUCUUGUAAAUACUUAAUCAUACUCCUUAGUAAAUACUCUUAAAGGCUGUAUUGCACUUAAGUUUUAACUGCAAUCAAAACCAACUUGAUAGUGAAAAAUCCAGCUGAUCUGGACAAACACUUUCUUUCUAUGCUUAAUCUACUCAGUAUAAUAGAAUCCCUAAUGCAUUGAAAAAAAUCAAUACUUUGAAAGAUUUUGUCAACUGUUGUUUUCCAGAAAAUCUUUUGUAUUAAUUCCAGAAUGCCUCAUGUGCUCCAAUUUGUCUAUCUCCAUCUUUUCAAUGUUAAAUCCAUCCAGAAAUGUAUAUAAGAAAAUAGCACUUUUAUUUGAAUUUGAUCUUAGAUACCUUUGCAAAUCACACUUACUCAUUUAUUCAAGUUUUGUUUUUAAAGCAUAAUCAUGCUUAACUGGUUUUAAAUUGUCUUAUUAAAUAAUAGAAUAUGCAAUUUUCUACAAUUUUCAUUUUGUAGAUGCACUCUCUUGUUUGGGGAAAAAUGUUGCUAAUAAGAUUUUUUUUGUGCUUUUUCUGUUGUCCCAAGGCAGUAUUUUUUUUCACAAAAUAAACCCAACAGCAGUAAAAUGAUGAAGUAUAGGUUACUAGUAUCAGUAACAUUUAUAACUGCACAAUUGUACCCUUUCAAGAAUUUCACACUUUUUUCAAGAAUUGUUUUCCAUUUUGCUUGAAAUCAGAGUUACAAGUUUUACAUGUUGUCAUGUCUUGAUCAUCAGUAAGUUAAGCCUACCCAAACAGAAAUAUGGUACCAGCAUUAUCAUGCAUCCUUUUUAAUAUUGACUGGCAUGUGCAGUGAAGUGGCUAUUUUGAUAAUAACAUUGUAUUUACAUUAAAGCUUAAAUUUUAAUUCCUAUAGAUUGUAUUGUUCAGUUUGCAAAGUGUUUGUAGACUGGGAGGACAGGUUCAUGCUAUACAGUGGUGUGAUCUAAUUGUCAUAAUCAUGAGUUUCAAAUUCCAACAUAACACAUGGGGAAUUUAAAUUCAUUUAGUUGAGAAAGAAGCUAUCAUCAUAUUGCCCAUGAAACCAGCAUAUUAUAAAAACACAUCUAAUUUCCCAAGGUCUUUUAGGGUAGGGCAAUAUGUUGUUCUUAAUUAAUUUGGCCUAAAUGGAACUUCAGAACCACAACUGUUUGGUCAACUUGAUUGAAUUUCAAAGGCAAUGAGGAAUAAAUGCUGGCUUUGUCACCCUCAACCUGAUUGUCUCUUUAAAAGUAGAUAGCCAUUCAUGGAUUUAGAUGAAAUCAAUCCACACAAGGUUUUGAAUAAUUACUAAUGAAGUAAGUGGCAAAGUUGGUAUAUUUGUAACUUCCAUAGAGAAGUUCGGAGGAUGUUGCUAUACGGGCACCAAACCUCAAUGGUGGGAUACGAGUCCCUGCUUGUGCUUCUUACUAAGAAAUAGGGAAAAGUGAAAAUGUCUUUUGUAGCAGCUACUUCCAUGCACCUGCAAGUUCAAAAUCAUGCAAUGAGGCCUUAGGGCCAGAGAGUUAGAUGUAGGAACAAAAUAAUGUAAAAUCUACUCUCCCAGCUUAAAAAUUGUUGGAUCCUGAGAACUUAAGUCUCAAUUAGCAAAGUCUUCCUUUGCAAAUUCUGUAACCACAAAGAAGACUAGUUGAUAUUUUUCUUCGUCCUGUGCAAUCUGCUGCAGAAAAAAAAUCAAACUCCUCAAAUUCACUCUCCCAUUAAGUGUAUUAAAAUUAAUGCAGGUGUAGAAAUUAAUGUAUAUCAUUUGCAUUAUGACAGCUCAAUAGACAUGUAUUCUUCCAACAACUGUUUCUAUUAAACAAUGGCUAAGUUAGAGAA